UUACAUUGAAAUUGUACUUAUUACAAACCAAUCAAAGCUAAUAAGCAGGACUACCAAUGCGAACAGAUUCGAUCUUCGUGCUAUUCCUCGUUUAUUAUUUCAGCGUUUUUAUGAAAAAUUUCAAACAAAAUCUUCAUAAUCUCACGCUCGUAUGCACUUGUGGCUAAUGAAGUUAAAAAUUUCACCAUAUCUAAUGUGAAUAAAAAAAUUAUCGCCAUACUCGCAUAUAAAGUAAAGAAACAAAAGGGAAAAUAAAUGUUUAGCAACUGAUUGCAAUUUUCUAAAAAAAGUUUGUUGGGUCAUCUAUAAUCAGCUGUUUUAGAAAAGAGCAUUUUUUGACGUAAAUUAUGAAUGACAAAUUCACAUCUUUUAAACCUUUCUCUACGUACAACAAAAAAAGAAAGUGAAGUGCUACAAGAUUGUUUUAUAAAUUAAAAGAAAACGAGCAAAAUGAAAUAUAUCUGAUAAAAGUUAAGAAUUUUCUCCGUAAUCAACGGACGAAACGUGCUAUCUACGCAUCAGAUCUGCUGCUUCUCCAUCAUCAGUGAAUUCCUAAAUAUUCUCAUCGACAGUCUAUCUUCAAAUCAUUCAUUCUCUUUUCAAGCUACUGACAAUAUAUGCCUGCAAGGCAAAGGUUUCCCUCCAGCUGCCUUCAAUUAACCAAAAAAAACAAAAAAGAAAUAAAUAAAACGGCAUGGGUACGAGCUCAGUCGAUAAACGGGGGGCUUUUAUAGUUCUUGAAGGAUGUGAUCGCACUGGCAAAUCAACACAAUCGCGCCAACUGCUUGAGUUUCUGCAGAAGCGUGGUGUUGCGGUCAAACGGAUGGCAUUUCCGGAACGUAAAUCAAAUAUUGGUCAAACAAUUAACGCGUAUCUUACUAAUAAAAAACAGAUAUCCGACGAAGCUAUACAUCUCUUGUUCACAGCAAAUCGUUGGGAAUUUCAAAACGAGAUGAAAGAAUUACUUUUAUCUGGAACUUCGCUGAUUGUAGAUCGUUACUUGUAUUCUGGUGUUGCCUAUAGUACCGCGAAAGGUCUUUCAUAUAACUGGUGUCUGGCACCCGAAAAGGGUUUGUUGCGCCCGGAUAUCGUCUUCUAUAUGAAAAUGAAGAGCAUUGAUGGUUUGUUAGAACGUGGCAAUUUUGGCGAUGAACGCUAUGAAAAGAAAGAAUUCCAAAUAAAAGUUUCAAAUGUUUUUGAAGACAUUUACGCAAAAGAAAGGCGCUAUUGGCACGAAAUUAAUGCAGAAUUAGCUGCCGAUGAUAUCCACAAAGAGAUAGUAAAGCAAACUGAGUGCCUGUUGAAAAAUCUGACCGAUAAAACUUUGGAAUAUAUGAAAUGAAAAAAAAAAAA